GACCACCAGAACCACACCAUUCCCUCGCACAGCUUCCCCCGCAAUUCCUGAUAAAAAUCAGGAAACCUAAACCGGUACCAGCAUAAACCCCGAAGCAAUGGGCUAUCAGAACGAUAAUGUCGCAGCUGGCUCCUCCUCGAGCACGCGCGCGACCCGCUCCAGUAGCAGGCCCGCUCCCCAAGUUGACGCUUCCCCAUCACUCCCCGAGCCGCAAAAGCUCCCCGAAGCUCCGAGGGGGCGUGGCCGCCCGCGCAAUAUUGCACCAAAGCCGGCACCGCAGAAAUCAGAGUCCCCCAAGAAACGUGGCCGCCCGUCCAAGCGCAAGCUCACGGACGAAAAUCAGGGCGAUGACGACGUGGUCGUGAUUGAAAGCGCGUCGACACCGGCUCCGAGGGCAAUGGGGAAAGGAAAACAGAGUGUUGUCCCUGCUGCCUUCGCCCCCCCUCAUCCUGCUGCCCCUGUCGUUCCACCCGUUGUCCUGCAGCCUUUCCUGCUUGAACAGGAGCCCCCGCAAAAGCAAGCAAAAGUUGCCCCUUCUGCUUCCGGGAGCUCUGGUGCAGCGCCUGAGAAACGCGCAAAGCUAUGGCGUAAGCAGCCGCCUAAAACUGUAAGUGAGAGAAUUGGCCGUUGUCUUACCCAGAGGAUGGUCGUUCUUGACAGGCAGAGAGUUGUGGAAAACGAUAUCCCUCAGGAAAUUGUCAAAAUCGCAGGAAGCACCGGAAAUGUCUACACGGUUCAUAUUAAGCUGGUCCCCAUUUGCGAUUGCCCUGAUUCGGUAUGGAUGCCCGCUGACCGCCUAUGAUGAGUAUAUGCUGACAAGUCUCACCCUAACUUUAGAGUCCAACGUGUAAACACAUUCUAUAUGUAUUGCCAACUGUCCUGUGGCGUACGUUUGUGAUAUAGCGCGUCUGCUGACCUCGUGGCAAAAGGUGAUGAUGAAAGUUUUAAAAGCGCGCAGUGACCUCGUGUACCAGGCUGCCCUACUCUCGUCCGUGCGUAAGCCCUUCUCCUUCUUCUUCGGUCAUGGCCUUUACCGGUUUUCAAUCUAACUGGCAACAUCGAACAAUAGGAGUUGAGAGAAAUAUUCGAAAAAGCACCACCAAUUCGCUCGUCCGGCGAGGGUGCGGGUAGUAGCGCUCAAAAGCCACUUGAUGAAGAUGAUUGUCCCAUCUGCUAUUGUCCAUUCGAAGAAAACGGCCGUGAAGCGGUCGUCUACUGUAAGGCGCAGUGUGGCACAAACGUCCAUCAAGUAUGUCAUCAAUUGUGUUCACUGGCCUUGGAAGUAAUCCUUCUCCAUACAUGUCUAACAAACAUUACAGAGUUGCUUUCGCCAAUGGGCUUCAACCAGAGGAGAGGGGGCUGUUACCUGUGUCAUGUGUCGUCAACCGUGGCCGGGGGACAGUGAACCUCAUGAAGCGCUAGCAAAAGGCAAAGUGAAUAGUGAAGGCUACGUCAACGUGGCUUCAGAGCUCGGUAUGAGCGGGCACAGAGGUUAUCAUUCCCCCGAAAUCUUUACGCUGGCUCCUUUCUCACCUUUAUGCACAGAUUACUCCACAUACCACUACCCGCCAUAUUAUGGCGGCGGAUUCAGACGAAGAUAUUGGUAGCGGGUAUGCACUACCCUCACCCCGCGAUAUCAAAUAA